AUGGACAUCAAAGUUUUUAUGCAAUGCAAAAAACCAAGAAGGUCUGGAAGAUUGGAAGGAAAAGAACGUGCAGAGACAAAAUCCAAAGAAUUACUCCAAAAUCCUUUAGGAUAUUUUGACAUGCUUCCAAUUGAAUUGAAGUUUCACAUUCUUCACUUCCUAAAUGUUGAGGAACUAAGUGUGCUGACCAUUACAUCUAAAUCCAUGAGAAAUUUGAUUGAAGGUUAUCGUGUACUGACACCAGUUAUGCAAGAGAUAUUGGCAAAAAUACAUGUGCAAAACGCAUGUCUGUCAGUCCAAGUGGAGAAACAAUCUGAUGUCAUCAGGACAUUCCAGCAAAUGGGACUUCUUAUGAAAAGAUCUACAUGUUUAUAUUCUACAAGAGAUCGUCUUAAAUUUGUAAAUGAAGUUCUCACUAAGAUAAUGUGUUCCAACACUGACAAGUGUGAAAACUUGGCGAGGUGCAUUGCACUGAGCUGCUUUGGCAAGUUUCUUCAUACAGUGAUAGCAGGAUGGGAUGAUUCUGAGUGUUUGAGGGUGUUUGAAGCCGUAUGUCACCAUACAGCAAUUUUGAAAAAUGUAAAAAUUGUUGUCAAUGCAAAACCAGGAAAACAUAAACAGAUGGAGUAUCAGAUCAGAGCCUUCUUCAGGCGAGUGUUUGUAGACCACUGUCACACGGUUCAAGAUCGAGCAUUUUGGUUAAGUCGGAUUCUGAAGCAGUGGCCAAUGGUACACCAGGCUAGGCUUUUGUAUGUUCUCUAUGGACCAGCUGUUGAAGGAGAAGUGUUAUGGUAUGAUGUCUGUGAGAGUUCCCCAUAUAACUCGGAACAGUCUGCAGCACAUUUCAAUGAACUCGCUAAUGCUCUACAGGUUCUCCACUGUUACCCACAGGAAUGGUCUGAAGAUGAUGUUAUCAGUGUCCUUGAUGAACUUACAAGUCUCCCAGAUGAGUGGCUUGCUGAGAACAUUGCUCACCUGCUGAUCUUGUGUGGAGAUAACAUCACCUCUAGAUUACUAGUCAGUAAAGCAAUCAAUGGUAGGAUACGGGAGCUUGCCAGCAUCACUACUUCAUUCUGUGUUGUGUGUGUGAAGAGCAGUUUCAGUCUUACAUAUGUGAUGACAAUAGUACAGAACAUUGUGGACACAUUGGACAAUCCAAAAGACCGACAUAGUUACUUCAACAAUGUUAUGGAAAUGUUUAAAGAACUUAUUUUAGAUACACAUGAAUUCUCAGAUCCAGAUGACACGCAUGAAAACGAGAUGUUCUUUCUGGUAACAGCGAUGUCAGAAUUCACAAAGAAGAUCAUCCAUGUAGCGUAUAAACCACUUCUGUCCUAG